AUGCUGCGGUUCCUGCGCCGGACCUUUGGCCGCCGCUCCAUGCAGCGCUACGCGCGGGGCGCGGCGGGGCGCGGGGCCGCCGGGCUGGGGGACGAGCGCGACGGGGGACCCCGGGGGGGCCCGGCCGCCGCCGCCGCCGCCUCCUCGACGCUGCCCGCGGCUCCGGGGGGCAGCGUGUUCCCGGCCGGCGGCGGGCCCCUGCUCACCGGCGGUGCGGCAGUGCACAUCUCCGCCGCCGGCGCUGCCAAGGCCACCCUGUACUGCCGUGUCUUCCUGCUCGACGGGACUGAAGUGAGCGUGGACCUGCCGAAACAUGCCAAAGGCCAGGAUUUGUUUGAUCAGAUCGUGUACCACUUGGACCUCGUGGAAACAGAUUACUUUGGCCUCCAGUUCCUCGACUCUUCCCAGGUUGCGCACUGGCUGGACCAUUCCAAACCAAUAAAAAAGCAGAUGAAAAUUGGACCUGCUUAUGCUUUGCACUUUCGAGUUAAAUAUUAUUCUUCGGAACCGAACAACCUUCGUGAAGAGUUUACAAGGUACCUGUUUGUUUUACAACUCAGGCAUGACAUUCUUUCAGGAAAACUGAAAUGCCCAUAUGAAACGGCUGUGGAAUUAGCUGCUCUCUGUCUACAAGCGGAGCUGGGGGAGUGUGAGCUUCCAGAACACACGCCAGAGCUUGUGUCUGAGUUUCGGUUCAUUCCAAAUCAGACAGAAGCGAUGGAAUUUGAUAUCUUCCAGAGAUGGAAAGAGUGCAGGGGAAAGAGCCCUGCCCAGGCGGAACUGUCCUAUCUGAAUAAAGCGAAGUGGCUGGAAAUGUAUGGGGUAGACAUGCACGUUGUCAGGGGAAGAGAUGGCUGUGAAUAUUCUCUUGGACUGACCCCGACAGGCAUAUUAAUCUUUGAAGGAGCUAACAAAAUAGGCUUAUUCUUUUGGCCAAAAAUUACCAAGAUGGAUUUUAAAAAGAGCAAAUUGACAUUGGUGGUAGUGGAGGAUGAUGAUCAGGGACGGGAGCAAGAGCACACGUUUGUCUUCCGGCUGGACAGCGCCAGGACCUGUAAGCACCUCUGGAAAUGUGCGGUCGAGCAUCACGCCUUCUUCCGCCUGCGGACGCCGGGAAAUAGCAAAUCGAACAGAUCAGACUUCAUCCGGCUGGGGUCUCGCUUCAGAUUCAGUGGGCGGACAGAGUAUCAAGCCACACAUGGGGCCAGGUUACGGAGAACCAGCACCUUUGAGCGGAAGCCUAGUAAACGCUAUCCAUCCCGGAGACAUUCGACGUUCAAAGCGAGCAACCCAGUGAUAGCGGCUCAGUUCUGCUCUAAAACAAAUCCUGAAGUCCAUAAUUACCAGCCUCAAUACCAUCCCAAUAUCCACCCCAGCCAGCCUCGGUGGCACCCUCACUCUCCAAAUGUAAGGCCAUGCUUUCAGGAUGACAGGCCACACUGGGAAACGUCGGCCAGUGGAAGUGGUGGCCGUUUCGAUUAUGUCCACGACCAGAACCAGAAGAACUUAGGAGGAGUGCAAAGUAUGAUGUACCGAGACAAACUCAUGACUGCACUUUGAAAGACUGACACAUCUCACCUCUGUUCACCAGCAUGGUUUCAUUACAUUCCAUGAAACAUGUCUUGCCAUCACACAGACGCGUCCGCAAAAGUGUCCUUAAGGAAUAGUUCUGAAAGGUGUUUCUGGAGUCUGUGUACAUAUUUGGAAAUCUCCACAAUCAGUAGUCACAAUUUACUGUUGGCUGCGUUCUCAAUAAAAUGAAGGUAGUGAAAGGCUCAGGAAUCGUUUUAAUAUUCUGAUUUAAAAAUUGGAGUAAAAGUCUAUGUUUAUCAUAUUGCUGUGUAUUUGGUAUUUCUCUGUUAUUUAAUGAAUGGGACCAAAUAAAACCAGAAGAACUUAGGAAGAGAGCUCUUUGUAGAGUACCAUACAGCCCUGGGGUGGGGUUGAGACCACUGGGGCCCAGUCCUGGCCGUUGUGAGAUUGUGGACAAGCCUUUCUCCUUUGCUGGCCUCCUUUUCCCCCAUCUGGAAAGAGUGGGUAGGACUAAGUGAUUGCCAAGCUCCUUCCAGCUCUAAAAUUCUGUGAUCAUAUUAAAAGUUAAUAUUUUUAGUCUGAGGAUGUAACAUUCAAACUAAAUUUCUCGUAGGAAAACUGCAAAUUUCCCUUCUCUAACAGAGGGCUACCGCUUUCGGAAGCGCAAGAACGUAUACAACUUGUUACAUAAAUGCGGGGAGGCUUUGAAUUUCUGAUCUUAAAGCAGUUCAGGCACAUUGAAUCUUAGCAGUUUUACUAAUCAUAAAUUGCAUAGCAUCCCUUUUUGAUAGAAUUUGUUGCUCAAGUACAAGAAUAAUUUUUUUUUCAAUUGUUGAUCGGUGCUGCUAACUUGCAUGAUUUCAGAAGACACAAUUGUGAACACACACUGUCAGAAUUAAUAGAAUUUGAGGCUUGGUUUUUACCCUGGACUUAACUCUUUUAAAAAGCAACAUGAAAUCCAAGAUAACAUUUAUGGCUCAAAUUAAAGUGUGUAAGAUUUUAAUGAAGCUGUGCCAAAGCAUUCUGUAGAAUAGGAUGGGAUGGGUGUUGUACAUUUUGUAGUACCAGCUAUCAAUGGGCUGUCUUUUAGGGUAGAACUUGUACCAGAAUAUUUAUUUCCCCCCCCCCACUCCCCCCCAUUUGAAGCCACAAAUCAAACUUUUUUUUUUUCCUUGGUAAACCUGAGAUAAUUUUUCAUUAGUCUUUUUGUGAAAAACGAUUCUUAUGCCAUUUAAGUAUAUGUAAUUGUAAUUUGGCCCACUGUAAGCCUUUUUUAAAAAAAUGUGUUGACAUCUCUUAAGACACUUUAUUGCUAAAAUCUGAUCUAUUUUUGGUUACCACAAAAAUCUGUCCAGCAGGAGGGGCUCCACUGCAGGCCUUGCACGGCGGAGUCCUUCACCGACAAACUCUUCCUAAGAUAAUCUGUUUACAGGUGUAUUCUGUUGUAGCAGAUGUUUUGAUCCUCAGUGUUUGUGCCGCAUACAAAUAAAUGUGUUCUGAAUCUUUUAAUCUUAGUGAUCCAUUUUUACAAAUGUGUUUCCAAGGAAUAAAGAUUAUUCUUGCUUUUUUGGA